GCUGAUCCCUCGGAGCCUUGACGUCAGCGCGGUAAACGGGGAGAUCUCCGGUGCGCGGCGGAGCGGUGCCCAUAGGCACAGCGUCCGACCAGCGCGCAACGCAGGCGGCUGCGGGUCCACCAGCAGCGGCAACAACACCACUCGCAUCCAUCAUCAUCAGGAAGGAAGGAGUACAUCCACACACCGGCUCUCUCCCCUGUUUCUGAAGCGGUCCCCUUCUCCUCCGCGCUAUGUCUUCUGCGGUCACCGAGACGGAGGAUUCGGCGCGCAGCUCACCGAUCACGCCGCUGAAGCUGGUCGGGCUGGUGUGCGUCUUCCUCGCGCUCUGCCUGGAUGUGGGUGCCGUGAUGAGCCCCGCGUGGGUGACUGCCGACGACCAGUACUACCUGUCCCUGUGGGAGUCCUGCUGGAAGCCUGCCAGCACCGACAACUGGCAGUGCAGCAGCACGCUGGUCUCAGACUGGCAGGUUGCUACGCUGGCCCUGUUGCUAGGGGGUGGAGCCCUGGUGCUGAUGUCAUUCCUGGUCGCUCUGGUUGCCGUGUGCAUCGGCACGAGACGACGAUUCUACGCACCCGUCGCUUCCAUGCUUUUCGCUGCAGUGGUCCUGCAGGCCUUCAGCUUGGUCCUCUACCCCAUCAAGUUCGUCCAGAGCAUCAACCUGAGAAUCUACCACGAGUUCAACUGGGGCUACGGCCUGGCCUGGGGGGGGACCAUCUUCUCCUUCGGCGGGGGAAUCCUCUACUGCCUGAACCCCAAGAACUACGAGGAGUAUUACUAGUUCCAAAUCCAGCUGAGAACAUAAGGUAUUCGAGGGGGAAAACGGCUCAUCUCCCAUGAACUGUAACGAGUACUAUAAACCAUUUUUGAGCCGAUAACUGUAUUUCAAUGAACCCUGGGGGCAAUUGAAGGGGUUAAGCUGGUUGUCAAGGAUUUAUUUUCUUGCCUCGGUGAACAGAAGUGAGGCUGCAUAUUGGAACCAGCCCUAAUGUCACCAGAUGUAUCAUGGGGAGGGGUCAUACUACACCUGCAGUAACAAAGGAUAGCAACUAUCAGCCCCACUUAUUGAUUCUGUUGUAGAGGAAACAUGAGUGGCUUUUCCCGCACGUUCACGCACGCAUGCACAUGCAACGGGACGUGUAUCUUCACCUGUCAUCAUCCAAUCCUCCAGGGGUUUUAAC